UUUGGAAGAUAGUCUCUCUGAGUGCCCAUAGAUGAAAUUUUUAAACACAAAGCUUGAGAAGCAUUUCUCCAUAGUAUAGGCUUUACUCUUGUAACGGAAUAUUCUCUAAAAAAUAACGAAAUGAAAUUCGAAUGAUGAAAUCACAUUGAAAAUAUUCGAAAUAUUCAAAAUGGUAGACGAAGAAAAAAAGCCGAAAUUUUUUGGAACAUUUUAUGGAUUAUUUAGAUUAUUGGAAUUUAUAUCUUCAAUUGGUGGAAUAAUCACAAUACGUAUGUCCUUCAAUUGCGGUGAUUAUAUAAAAGUGCAAUAUUACGAAUAUACUUGUCAAGUGGCAUUAAUCUUUCUUUGUACAUUUUUCAUCCUUUUGUUUUCAAACAUAAUCGAAUUUUUCUCUCGUUACUUUAGAAUAUCAUUUUUGAUAUUUUUAUUCGAUCUUCUAUUUACCGUCCGGUAUGUAAUUUCAAGUAUAUACAUUAUUUUCGACAUUCCCGAAUGCCGACGAUAUAAAACUACGAGGAUUACUGCAUCUGUUUUUGGUACAUUAAGUUACGUAUGCUUCUUCUGCGUUACUUCUGCUGAUCUUCGUUGGUUUUCGACAAAAUUUCGACCUUACUAAAAGAGAUUACUAAAAUUAUAAUUGUAUAUCAAAUGUUCAUAAUUAAUUAUUUAAAAUUAAAUUUAAUUCA